AAUAAUUAGCGAGUAUAAGCGUGAAAAAAUACAUAAUACUUUCAGUGACAUCAUUGUUUCGCACAGUCUCGUCAAGUUUAUAAAGAAAAUUGGUCUGCGCUCUCUACUCACGAUACCAAUAUUGUCUACUUAACGCAGGCGUGAAUCCCUAUUGAAAAAUUACUAGCAAUUUUUGUAAUUAAUUUUAUUGCUUUCAGAUAAAAACCCGUGUUAGUUAGGUAAUGAACAGUGGAGUUCAAUUUUUAAACUGUGAGUGCUAUAGUGCUAUUCCAUUCAAUUCCAUUCAUUGAUAUUCAAUGUUCGAUUUACCUGCCCGUUUCAAACGCAUGACGAGUUUCUCUGAAAACGUGCUAUUGGUCUUUGGGGGUUAAUUCUAGUUCUUAUCAUGGAAGAAAUCGCAAUGAUCGGUGCUCGUCGAAUGUUAUCGUUUUGUUUUAGGGCAAUUAUAUUCUGUAACGUAGUUUAUAUUGUCUACUACUUGUUUAGCGGAAGGAAAACGGUAAUAAACGAGAAUUAUUCUAGGUAUACAGAUGAACGAUAUCUUGUGAAUACACCUGGAUGUAUCAUAGAAAACAUCGAAGUCUACAGUCCGGAAAUAAAAAAAUUAUUGUACAAAGUCGAUCCUAUUUCUUGCACUGACAAGCCGCAUUUAGCAUACACCACUGAAGUCGGAGGAAAAACUUUGUUGAGCCUGAAUACAACGGCUUUUAGUGCAUACAGUUAUUUAACUAUAGAAUGUUGCUACAAAAAGGUCGAAAGGAAUCCUACUGGGCCAAAACCAGACGAUAAUCUUAUUUUUUCAGAAUGCAUUCCAUUCACGGAAACCGUCGAAAUAAACGUUGAGGUGAUCAAAGUGAAAUGCAGCACGGCAUUUUUAACAGUAUACGAAAAUGUAUACGCCAUCUUCAAACCCCCAAGGGAAGUACCGAACAAAAACUACCCCAACGUCCUUCUAAUAGGAAUAGACGGAGUUUCGGCCUCGAAUUUCAUCCGAACAAUGCCUAAAACCCACGAUCUCCUAAAGGCCUCGGGUUGGGUGAACCUAAAAGGUUACAACAAAGUAGAAGACAAUACGUUUCCAAAUGUUAUAGCAGUGAUUGCCGGAGCCAAAUUUUCCUACCACGAAGGCUACUUUUCCGAUAAAUGCAAUCCAUACGAUUCUAAUAAGUUAGAAUCCUGCAAUUUUCUUUGGAAAACGUUCAAAAAGGCCAAUUACACCACAGCUUUAGGAGAAGAUACUCCUAAGAUCGGUACUUUCAACAGUAACAAAGCAGGAUUCGUGGCGGCGCCUACUGAUUAUUAUUUUCGCCCGUAUUUCAUAGUUGCCGAUCAAUUACCUGCGAAGUAUUUGUGUUUAAAGUCAUAUUGCACGGGUCCGGAGAAAACUGGCAACAGAAUGCUUAACUUAAUCACUGGUUUUCUAAGCGCCAUUGAUAAUAGGACACCUGGCUUUGGCUUGUUUUGGAUGAAUACAUUUAGUCAUGAAGACGUGAAUUGUCCUUCUUCUAUGGACGAUGAGUUCGUGAUAUUCUUCAAAAAAUUAGUUAGAAAGGGUUAUAUGGAAAACAGUAUUAUAAUUUUCUUCAGUGACCAUGGAUUUAGGUUUGGAAAGAUAAGACUGACUCCUACAGGAUGGGUGGAAGAGCGACUACCAUUCAUCUACAUUUGGAUACCGGAAAAAUUUAGGAAAUCUCACGCCGAAGAGUACAAAAACCUCGUGAAAAAUACUGAAAAACUCACGUCGAAUUACGACCUUUACAUGACGCUGCAGCACGUCCUGGCGCUUUCUUCUGCAAACUUCCACGAGCAACCUGCAGACGGUUGUUCCGGUUGCCGGUCGCUUUUUCGGAGCAUCCCGUCGGAGCGAACUUGCAGCGAAGCCGGCAUACCGGAGCACUACUGCACCUGCUCCAAAUACGAAACCAUCGACAAAAAUACUCCAAACUCGAGGAAACUCGCCGAGUUUUUUCUAGAACAACUUAACAGUAAAAUUAGAUCCUACGGACACGCAGCGGAGGGCUGUGCUUCGUUUUCUUUGGAGGGAAUAGCUCACGUUAAGAGACUCGUUGUGAGACCAGGUUUGGAGGAAAAUUAUCUAAUCAGAGUCGUGACGAAUCCGGAGGCGAACUUCGAAGCGACCGUUAAAGUAACUUACGAUGUCAAGGAAACUAUGUUAUUAAAAGAAAUUAAUAGAUUAGAUAGAUACGCGCCGACAUCUUAUUGCGCUAAUGGGGAUGUUAGAAUGUAUUGUUACUGUAAAAGUGUAUUGAAAAAAAUUACCAACAUAUUUUGUAAUAAUAAAUAUUGUUUUAUAUAAUCCCC